UGGAUGGGCGGAUAGAUGCAACGAAUGAAUGGUCGGUCUGUCUAUCAUCAAGGCAACAGCCGAUUCACAUCUCACACAUCACACAUCAACACAAGCCUGCUACACACACUCUACACACAGCUCUACCACCCACCCACCCACGGUCAGCCGGUCGCAGUCCUAUGUCGGUCAGCACCCUCCUCAGUUCUCCGCACUCUCAUUAUCUCUGUGAACACGGUAAUCCGAGAAGUUCGCCAGAUGAACAGAGGAGCGCCACACGUGCGGACCCGGUUCGAAUCAACCCGACCACCAAUCAGUAACCAUCCAGGCACUCAGCCAGUCAGUGAGUCGAGUCAGAAGCGCCCCUCUCUCAUCCUUUCCAGCAGCGAGGACGAGUAGCCUCUAUCGUCACGCACAUCACGCUCCUCCCUCUCGUCAUCUCCCCCCUGGCUGCUGCUGCUGAUGGUGCUGGCCACCAGGGGGUCUUCUUCCAGUUGCGUCUGCAGGACGCCAUGCCUGGCCAGCCGCCACUCGACCGCAUCGGCAGACAGCCGGGCCAUCAUCUGCCGCCCGCCCCACUCGGGCUCGCCCACCAGCUGCUUCUGGCACAUACCAUCCUUGUACAGCAACACCGUCGGCAGCUGGUGGUCGGGGUAGCCUGGGAGGACGUCCACAGAGAUGCCCUUGCAGAACUUGACCGCCUGGUGCCGCGCGGCGAGCUCCGCCAGGCAGCGGUUGAGCACCCGACACAUCUCAGAGCUGUCGCGGUAGAGGUGCACCACCACAUGUCGGCCUCCCCUGCUGGCCUCGGUCACCUCGUCGACGAAAUCCGCCUUGCCGAUGUGCUGGAUCUCCGAAUACGCGGCCUCCUCCUUCUUGGCCCGCAGCUCCGCCAGCCGCCGUGCGCGGUAUCUUCGCAGCACGUCCUCGUCCAGAUCAUCCUCUAGCUGGUCGAGGUCGUCGAGCUGCUUGUGCUCCAGGGGGUCGCUGCGCUCUGCGAGGUCCACAGCCAGCCCCGUGAGCUGAUCUUGGGUCGGUUCCUUCUCCAGCGCCGAGAAGUUGCCGAACCUGCGCUGCACAUCAUCCCAUUCUGUCGUCACGGGCCGAUUCGUCGUGCUCAUUCUGCGUGCGAGCUGAUCUCGCG